GAGAGGUUGAGAAAAUUAGUACGAUGGCGAGAGCAGCUUGUACCACUGUCGUCACGGCUCUGGCUUUGUUACCGUCAAAGUCUCUUCUCUGUAGAAACCAGUUGUUAUUCUCCGGUAACUCCAAGUUCGUCGGAGUUUUGACUCUCCAGAAACGAUGCUUUGCCUCCAAAGUCAGCAUGAGUUUGAAAGCUGGAAUCGUUGGCCUUCCUAACGUUGGCAAGUCUACUCUUUUUAACGCCGUCGUUGAGAAUGGAAAGGCGCAAGCUGCUAAUUUUCCAUUUUGUACGAUUGAGCCUAAUGUUGGUAUUGUUGCUGUUCCUGAUUCGCGUCUUCAAGUGCUUUCCAAACUUAGUGGUUCUCAGAAAACGGUUCCUGCAUCCAUUGAGUUUGUGGAUAUUGCUGGUCUUGUUAAGGGUGCUAGUCAAGGCGAAGGUUUAGGCAAUAAAUUCUUAUCUCACAUCAGAGAAGUUGAUUCCAUCCUCCAGGUGGUGCGAUGUUUCGAGGACAAUGACAUUAUUCAUGUGAAUGGCAAAGUUGAUCCAAAGUCUGACAUUGAUGUCAUCAAUCUCGAGCUUAUUUUCUGCGAUUUGGAUCAGAUUGGUAAAAGGAUCGAGAGACUUAAGAAAGGGAAGGCUAAGGAUUCACAAUCCAAAAAUAAGGAGGAAGCUGAAAAGUCUGCUUUGGAAAGAAUUCAGGAAGCUCUUCUAGAUGGAAAACCUGCACGGUCAGUUGCAUUGUCCGAUCUCGAGAUGGAAGUUGUAAAGCAUCUCUGCUUGCUUACAAUGAAGCCUAUGAUCUAUGUGGCAAAUGUUGCUGAAACUGAUCUUGCUGAGCCAGAGAAGAAUGCUUACGUUGAAGAAGUGAAGGGUCUUUCUUCUGAUUUGCAGUCUGGAUAUGUGGUUGUUUCAGCACAGGUUGAGUCUGAGCUAACCGAACUUCCCCUUGAAGAACGCACAGAAUAUUUAAACUCUCUAGGUGUCAGUGAAAGUGGCCUCGGGAACCUUAUCAGGGCAACAUACAGCCUGCUAGGUUUGCAGACAUAUUUCACUUCUGGUGAAAAGGAAACAAGAGCAUGGACAAUACACGCAGGCAUGACUGCACCACAAGCUGCUGGCGUCAUUCAUUCUGACUUUGAGAAAGGUUUUAUUAGAGCUGAGACUGUUGCGUAUGAAGAUUUUGUCACUGCUGGAUCUCUAGCAGCAGCAAGGGAGAAAGGACUUCUGAGAUCAGAGGGUAAAGAGUACAUCGUUAAAGAAGGAGAUGUGAUGCUUUUCCGCUUCAACGUAUAGCAUAACCCCGAGAUCUCAAUCACUUCUUCACAGAACACCAAAGGUUGUGUUUCUGCACGGUUAUUAGUACUUUCAUUUCUCUUGGUUUUGCAAUAUAUAGUGGUACCUUUC